UUAUCCACCCUCAGUUAAAAUGGCGGAGCUCGGCAUCUGUAGCAGGCUAGCAGUGAGAGCCGGGACUCGGGUAGCAGUGACCAUAGUGAGGAUGGUCGGAGAAUCGGACGAAGUUCCCUUUUCGGUGCCCGACGACCUCUCAGACUUAGAAAAACAAAUAGUCGAACGAUCGAAACAACUGGGUUUGGUGCCUUAUGAUACCCCUGAUCGGGAAUGGGACGAUCCGGAUGACGCCGUCGCCGAGUCGUCGGAGCUCUCGCCCCACCCUGAUUUGUGGCGUCUCGACAACACUGACUGGUGCAGCUGCAGCCGAUGUGCUGUGUUGCCCAGCUUCGUGCCCGACGAGUGCCGCUGCUGCAGGGAUAUGGGUCCCAAGUUGACUCGGAUUCAGCGCCUGGGCUGCAUCACGACGCACGAGGAGUUUCCCCUGGUGUGCCUCAACCUAGUGAUGCUCAGGCUAGCCUACUUCGAGUUGCACGACCGAAGAUUCGCCAUGCACCACGACAUGCAUAGGCGUUAUAGGUAUGUUGCCUAUCGCCGAUUUGUGCGCUGGGUGUGGGGGCGACUUGGCAGGGGCAACAGGUUUGUCCUGCCUUCUUGUGUUGUGCGGACAAUCAGGGAGGCAUUUCCUAGUGAGGAGGAGACGGGGUUUAGGUACCCAAGGUUUCCAAGGCUCCUGGAGCAGCUGGACCUCAUGUUCGAGGAUGCUGUACAGACCGCUUUGGCCAUGGAAGCAGCGAAGAAGGACACUGGAGAGAUUUGCCAGGCAAGCUCUAGCAGCAAUGCGUUCACGACUCACUGUGUCACGGCAUUGGCGCGAGACGUCACCUGCUACUGCUGCGGAGAUUAA